UCAGGUGGCGAGCGCCGGCGUUUGGCCUUUGCCACGGAACUUUUGACGGAGCCCACGUUGCUUUUUGCCGACGAAGCGACCAGUGGCCUUGACAGCGCCAUGGCGCUAAAUGUGGCAAAGCUUUUGCACGGCUUUGCGCGAGAUGGUGCUGUAAAGAAGACUGUAUUGGCAACCAUUCACCAGCCGAGCGAGGAAGUGUUCAACUUGUUUGACAAAGUGCUCAUCUUGGUGGAAGGCCGCACCGUGUACUUUGGAAGCCCCACGGGUGGGCUGAAGCACUUCGCAUCUUUGGAAUUGCUUUGUCCUCACGACGAGAGCCCUCCCGACUUCUUCAUGAGGUGCGUCGCGACUGACGCCGGAGAGGAUGCCGAGCGCAUCGAAGCCAAAGCAAACAUGGAGAAACUCUUGAAGGCUUUGCCUCAGUGCGAUGCAUUUCAAUCGGCUGACAAGGCUGAGAAGAACGUUUCAGAUGGCGAUGCAUUUCAAUCAUUGAGAGGUUCAGGCCUAGUGGCAGUGUUGACUUUGAUCCGCCGGGAGUUCCUGAUCCGAAGGAGGAGCAAAAUUCUGUUCAAGGCCAUGAUUGCACGGACCUUCUUCAUGGCACUCUUGUUGGGAUUGCUUUAUUGGCAACUUCCAAAUGAUCAAACCAGUUGGCAAAGUGUCAUGGGUGCUUUGAACAUGGUCAUGAUCAACACCUUCAUGACGGCGGGCUUUGGCCUCACCCAAGAGCUUCCUCAUGCCUUCCGCCCAGCCUUCCGAAAGGCUCGCGCUGGUAUGUAUUCGAUCUCUGCGUGGUUUUGGUCAAAGACGAUCAGUGACCUUCCGAUCGACAUCAUUGGUGCCUUCUGCGGGUCUUCAGUAAUCUUUGUCAUGACCGGCUUGGGGAACAGCGUCGCCUCGUAUUUGACCUUUGUGUUGCUGGUUUGCUUGACCGCGGUGAUGGGAAACGCUUGGGGCUACCUGGCUUCAGCCGCUGGGGGGCGUGCAGAAUACGCUUUCGCCGUUUUCCUGUUGACCGUCUUCCCCUUCAUGAUCUUCAAUGGAUUCCUGAUCACCACAGAGGAAAUCCCCAUCUACUUCAGGUGGAUCGAGUAUGUCGGCCCCUUCAAGCCUGUAUUUUCAGAGAUGAUGGUGACUAUUUGGAACAGUCGUGAACUUGAAUGCCCGCAGUCGGGACCCUGCCCUUUCAAAACUGGCCAAGAUGUUUUGCGGCUCCGCGGUUUGGCAGACGUGGAUCACGUUUACAACUGGGUGAUUGUGAUUGGAGUCUAUUUGGUGGGCGUCCGCUUGCUUGCUUGGGGCGUCAUGGUGUUACGCUUGCGCCUGGCGGCCUCCAAUGUUUCUCAGACCUCGAAGACUUCAAAGAGCUCCAAGAAGGUGGCUGACACGGACGGAGUGGCACAUAGUAACGAGAUCGCGUAGGAAGCCGUAUUGCCAACCUGAUUUUCCCUCUCCACUGCUUGAGACGCGCCGGAUUGGUGCCUUUUUAAGCUGCUUGGAGAUUUUGUCGCAAACUGUUUGCUUUAGAUUUCAACGGUUUGUCUUCAGAGGCGCAGGUUUGGCGAUUUGAGUUCCUGUGUCGAAGACAUGGAACUGCACUUUGGGAAUUGAGGUUGCCCGCUCAAAUGUUGCAUGUGGCAUGCUCAAGUUCCAACGGAUUGGGAUUUUCAGGCACGUGAACCAGGCCCGGUUUCGAAACCCUAAGGUUUGACACGGAGGGUGUCAACUUGUACCCCAAAAGGGGCCCAUACUCAUGAGAAACCCAAUUCCGAUUCAAUUUUGCCGCUGCCAACAGGCCCAAAUCGGUUUGGCUUGCAGACUGUUGGGCGUCAAAAAGAUUCGCAUGACUUACUUUCCUCUGUCACAGUCUGUCCAAGUCUAGUCUGUCCAGGUUGUGGCGAUGUGUGAGUCAGCUGAUGAUGAACCGAUGGCCUAGGGGAAAACGUUCAAUCAAACAGAAUGGAGGGUGAGGGUGGGAGGUUAGUUUUGUCUUGAGCUUGAAGUAGCAGGCAGGCAGCAGGACUCAAUGCAAAGGAGACACAAUAAUCACAGUGAACAUUUGCCCGUGAGUCUGGGGAAAGGGGUAAGACGGCGGUGGAUAAAGGCCCCUAGUAGCGUCC